AUGGCGAAGCAGCCGCACAUUCCCCCCUUAAUUGGGUGGCUGUAUGACCUCGUCUUAUGGACAUUCUCGGUGCUUGUAGACCUUUUUUUCAGGGAGGUGCACCCGCGAGGGUCUUGGAAGAUUCCUCGGAAGGACCCCAUGAUUAUUGUCGCGGCCCCUCAUGCCAAUCAGUUCGUCGAUUCGUUGAUUCUUAUGCGUGCGUUGCGCAGCGAAGCCCAUCGCCGCAUCUCAUGGCUCAUUGCGGAAAAAUCAUUUCGGCGCAAGUUUAUCGGUCUACUAGCUAGAGGUAUAGGCACAGUCCCCGUCGCCCGAGCAAUGGACAACAUGAAGGUCGGUACUGGAACGAUCUAUCUGCCGGAUCCUGUGAAUCAGCCAACCCUGGUGCGCGGCGUGGAUACCAACUUCGAAGGACCCGGAUUCGAAAAGGAUGGCACAAUCUCCCUACCUACUAUCAACGGAACUUCACAUAGUGGAACAAUUGCGGAGAUUCGAGGACCGGAGGAAUUGGUCUUGAAGAAACCCUUCAAAGCUAGAGAUCCCUUAUACCAACUUACUGGGCGGAAGGACAUUACGGACGACGGGCAGUUUACGGGAGAUCCGUCAGGCAAAGAUGUGGCUGGUUUCAGGGGCUCCAAGUUCAAGGUCUCUCCUCAUGUCGAUCAAACGGCAGUCUACGAGGCAGUAUUCGCUCGGCUUAAUUCUGGUGGCUGCGUUGGUAUUUUCCCCGAAGGUGGUAGCCAUGAUCGCACUGAACUUCUUCCCUUGAAAGCUGGUGUCGCUUUAAUGGCUCUUGGAACGCUGGCGGAUAACCCGGAUUGUGGCCUGAAGAUUGUGCCCUGUGGAAUGAAUUACUUUCACGCCCACAAGUUUCGUUCCCGCGCGGUCAUUGAGUUCGGAACUCCAUUCGAGGUUCCCAGAGAACUUGUCGAACAGUAUAAACGCGGAGAAAGAAGAGAGUCGGUCGGUGCGCUGUUAGACACUAUAUACCAAAGCCUGGUCGCAGUGACGGUCACUGGCACUGACUACGAAACUCUUAUGGUUAUCCAGGCUGCUCGCCGUCUUUACAACACAAAGGGCAAGAAACUUCCACUACCCAUGGUUGUUGAGCUGAACCGACGUUUGGUCAAAGGGUAUACGCAUUUCAAAGAUGACCCCCGUAUUGUGCAUUUGAGAAAGUCCAUUGCGGAUUACAAUCGCCAACUGCGUCUUCUGGGUAUCCGCGACCAUCAAGUCGAUUACGCCAAGUUUAGGUUCUUCCAAGUGAUCUUCACAUUGAUUUCCCGCCUGGUCAAAUUAGCCUUGCUUGCCAUUGCAACGCUCCCCGGUCUGCUUCUGUUCGCCCCCGUUUUCAUCGCCACGAAAUUGAUCUCCAUCAAGAAAUCAAAGGAGGCCUUGGCAGCCUCCACUGUCAAAUUGCAGGGGCGAGAUGUCAUGGCGACGUGGAAGCUUCUGGUUGCUCUCGCCUUUGCACCAGCUCUUUAUGCAUUCUACACGGCGGCUUUCACCUUCUGGGCAUACCACAACCGGAUCCAAGGAAUCGUACCAGACCGGAUGCCACUGUGGCUGAUCGUACCUAUUGGCAUGGUCCUAUUCCCGACCAUCACAUUUGCGGCUCUUCGCAUUGGAGAGGUUGGCAUGGAUAUCUUGAAAUCUCUUCGUCCACUGGUCUUAUCGUUGAAUCCAUCCUCCGCCAACACCCUCGUUAAACUUCGACAACGACGUGCUGAGCUGGCUCAGCAAGUUACCGAUGCCAUCAAUACUCUGGGUCCCGAAUUAUUCCCAGACUUUGACGCGGCGAGAAUCGUGACGGAUCCGUUCCGCGAAAUCAACCGUAGGCCGGAUGAAGAGCCACUUCCGAUCCCUGAGAUCCGACGAGUGAGUACUACGGAAUACGGCGAGGGUUCGCCAACCCAAGAACCCCUUCCCCGCAAUGAGUCGUUCCACAACCUGGCCAACAUCGGCUUCUUCUCGACGCGACCCCCAAGUCGCAGUCGCAGUCGCAGUAGCUCUUUCGGAGGUCGGCCUGGCUCGUCUGGACAGCAACUGAAGCCGCUCAGCCAAGUUGUCACCAAUGACGGCUUCGAAGAGGUGAGCAUCAAGAUCCGGGAUGCCAUGCGAGAGCGGGGAGAGCGACGGCGUCGGCAGAGUGAAGAUAGUAGUAGUUGGGACAUGGCGGGCUCGGGGCCCGGGACGCCGUCGGGGGAUGAGAAUCGGAAGAAUAUAUAA